GCAAAAGCAUUUUAUUGCUGUAGAGUAAAGCUCAAUUGCCGCGCUGCAAGCGGCUGUAACGCACUUCUAUUUACGUUUUGUUUAUCAACAUGGAAACUGGCAGCAGCUCGAGCUCCACGUCGGGCAGCACAUCGUCGAGUGGCUCUUCCAGCUGCACGGAUACGGGCAGCUCCUCGGACACCGAUACGAGCAGCUCUGGCGUUGCCGGCCCAGAGGAAAAACCGCAGCCGCCAAAAACACAACCAAGCGCAGUACGGCGCAAGGCGGCAGCAACGCCAGCCGACAAUGAGAAGCCAAAAGCCGCAGGCAACAGCAACAGCAAUGCGCUGACGUCGGCCGCCAGCAAAGUGCGUUCCGUUGUGGCGGCCAGCAAUCAGCGCAACGGUGGCAUGUCCAGCGACGACGAUGAUGACGACGACGAUGCGCCGCCGGCCAAAAAGAAUGCGCGCACAAUGAACAACACGGUGCCAGCUGCCGCCGCACGACGGAAGCCAUCAACAGGAGCGGCGACGACCAAGCAAGCGGCGGGCGGAGCAGCAGCUGGCGGCAGCAAAGCGCCGCUGCCGGCCAAAAGCAAUAGCCAGCCGCAGCGCAAUGGCGACAAUAAACGACCCUCGCUCAGCUCCUCCUCCAACAGCACAGAUGACUCGCACAAGGAGGUAAAGAACGGACGCAAGGUGCCGCUAAAGCUGGCCAGCACCGCGACGGCUGUGCGGGCCAAGCAAAUGCGCGCCAAAGCGCUGCAGGCCAAGACGAGCAGCAGCAACAACAACAAGAAUGGACCAGCUGCUGGGCGGCGCGAGAAGAGUCGCAGCAGUGAUGGCAGCGAUGAUUCGGACAGCGGCUCCGGCUCGGAGACCAGCUCCAUAAGCGAAUCGGAGGGUAGCGAUUCGAGCAACUCGUAUAGCUCACAGCCGGCGACGGGUAAGUCAAAUCCCAAGGGUAAGCGUGUCGUUGGCGCGGGCGGCGACAGCGAGGAGGAGCGCAAGGAUAAGGCGAAUCCCAUGCGCAAAUUGACGCGCUCGCUGAGCAUGCGCCGUUCCAAGCAGCAACAGCUCAAGCCAGGCAGCGAGACCGAAACGGAUGCAGAUCUCGACCAGGAGGAUGACAAGCAGCGCGUUCUCUCCAAGAGUCCGGCCAAAAAGUCGGCCACAGCCGCCGGCCUCAACAGCAGCAACAGCAACAACAACAGCAAGUGCAAGGUGAAGAAGGAGAUGACCUCGCUCAAGUCUCGACCCGUCUCGCCCGCCGUGCAGCUAGAGAAGAAGUGCCCCAUCGAGGGCUGCGAUUCUUCGGGUCAUUUGAGCGGCAAUUUGGAUCGACACUUUCUGCCCGAGGCGUGUCCCAUUUACCACAACAUGUCCGCCUCGGAGUGCAAGGAGCGCGCCAACGAGCGCAAGCUGCGCAACGAGCAGCGCCUCAAGAUGCCCAUCAACAUUGUCAGCACGCCGGGCAACCAGCACAACAAUCUCAAAUCUCUGACGCCCGAGCAACGCGAGUUCUUGGCCAAAAUACGCGAAUCACGAGCCAGCUUUCGUCCCAUGAGCAACAGUUUCCUAAAUGAUAAGGUUAAGAUAGACAAGGACUGCACGGAUGAGGAUCGUGAGCCGAAUCUCGCGGGCCUGGUGCCCGACUACGAUCUGCAGCUGUUUCGCGAAGCACAAGCACAGGCCUCCGAGCGUAUCGAGGACGAGCUCAAGGAUCUGCCCGUUGGCAAGGGCAUCAAAUAUAUCAGCAUGGGCAAGUACAAAAUGAAAGUGUGGUAUCAGUCGCCGUAUCCGGAUGAUGCCGCCCGCCUGCCCAAGAUGUACAUCUGUGAGUUCUGCCUGCGCUAUCAGAAAUCGGAGACGGGCAUCAAACGGCAUGCCCAGAAAUGCGUCUGGCGGCAUCCGCCCGGCGAUGAAAUCUAUCGCAAAGGCAAGCUUCAGGUGUGGCAAGUGGAUGGCAAACGCUACAAACAAUAUUGCCAGCAUCUCUGCCUGUUAGCCAAGUUCUUUCUGGACCACAAGACGCUCUACUAUGACGUGGAGCCGUUUCUCUUCUACAUCAUGACUCUCGCCGAUGUCGAUGGCUGUCACAUUGUCGGCUACUUCAGCAAGCAUAUUCCAUUCUUGCAGGAAAAAAACUCAUUUUAUAACGUCUCGUGCAUUCUAACCCUGCCGCCAUAUCAGCGUAAAGGCUACGGAAGGCUCCUCAUCGAUUUCAGCUAUCUGCUAACCCGCGUGGAGGGCAAAAUUGGUUCGCCGGAGAAGCCGUUGUCCGAUCUGGGACUUAUAUCAUAUCGCUCCUACUGGAAGGAUGUGCUGCUCGACUAUCUAUGCAAUCGCUCCGGCAAUACGCUCUGCAUCAAGGACGUAUCCCAGGAAAUGGCCAUCUAUUCCUAUGACAUUGUGAGCACUCUGCAGGCGCUGGGCAUGAUGAAGUACUGGAAGGGCAAACAUAUAGUACUCAAAAAGCAGGAUGUGCUGGAUGAGUAUGAGGAGCGCGUGAAGCGUCGCGGCACAUUUCCCAAAAUCGACGACUCCUGUCUGCGCUGGCAGCCCUUUAUACCGGCACAGCCGAGCGCAUCACCUUAGCCACGUGGUUGGAAGCACGCCCAGGUGUGCUUGGUGGACUCUUCCUAAUUUCCAUAGAGACUUCAUAUUAUAUAUUUUGUGUAUAGCGCUUAAGACCUCACGUAUUUGUUGGUAGCCAAUUGAUAAUAGUGAAAAUUCCACAAUACCGAUUCUGA